AUGGGUUUUUCGCACAAGAGUAAUGCCGAUGGCACAGUGGAACGCUACAAGGCCCGGUUAGUGGCCAAAGGUUUCAAUCAAGUGGCAGGCGAGGAUUUCUUUGAGAUGUUUAGCCCGGUAGUGAAACCGACCACGGUUCGGCUAUUACUCUCAUUUGCCAUAUCUCGCGGGUGGACACUCUGCCAGUUGGAUGUCCACAACGCCUUUCUGAAUGGGCACCUGGCUGAAACAGACUAUAUGCGGCAACCACGGGGAUAUGAAGAUCCCGAUCGCCCUGAUCACAUCUGUUUUAUUGCUUCGAAGACGGAUGUCUCCCUGUUCCACUACUGGACUGGGGAUUCCAGGGUUUUCUUACUCGUUUAUGUGGACGACAUCAUUAUGUUCGGGAAUGACACGGUCUUGGUCGAUUCCUUGCUACGGAAACUGACUACGGCGUUCAAAAUCCGAGACCUUGGGAAACCCACAUUCUUUCUCGGUAUAGAAACACUUGUCGUUUCGGAGGGUAUGAUUCUAUCGCAACGGCGUUAUAUGCGUGAUAUUCUCCAGCGGGCAGGUAUGACCGACUGUAAGCCACUAGCAACACCGGCAUCAGUGACUCAACCUGUCUGUCAGUCCACCGACUCAUUCGCCAAUCCGACGCAUUAUCGUCGGCUAGCUAGGGCCCUCCAAUAUCUCACCAUUACUCGCCCGGAUCUGUCCUAUUCUGUCAACCGACUCUGCCAGUUUAUGCAUUCUCCUACUGAAGAACACUGA